UUUAAAUUUACCUGUGUGAAAAUUGUAUAUGCUUUCCGAUAAAAUGGCUCAGGCGGCGUCUAAAACAUGCGAGAUUUGCAUAAGUGCCUCGGGAUCGCAAUACUGCUUAGAAUGUGAGCAAUACUUUUGUGAAAAUUGUAAAACAUUUCAUAAUAGGCAGAAAAUAUCAAAAACUCACCAGUUUCAGUCUGCAUUAGACGUAAUCCCGGAAGGUAAAUCAAAAUGUAAAGACCACAAUGAAGACGUAAGUUUUGUAUGUAAUGCCUGUAACGUAGCAGUUUGCAGCAGUUGUGUGACAGGAAGUCACAAACGCCACGAUUUCUCGAAGCUUCAUGACAGUAUCUCACAGCUGAAAGCGACGAAUGAACAAGAACUGUGUAGAAAGGUACAAGAGGCAACCAAAAACAUGAAAAGGGUGGAAGAAGGCCUAAACACAUUCGAUAUGAAGGUGGAAGUAGUAGUUAAAGCUAUCACAGAAAAUGGUUCAAAGAUAAAGGCCAUGGUUGAUACACAUAUCGCACAGAUGAUUGCAUCUGUCAAGGAUCAAUCCAGGAUGGAAAGGGACAAAAUGACAAAGAUCAUAGCAGAUACUAGAAUGGAUUUGAAGGUAGGAAGCGACUUAGACAAGACGAUGUAUGAACUAUACAAGACGCGACACGAUGAUAAAUUGUUACAGUCUUUACAGAAGCUUACAGAUGACAUUGCAAAGCUGACGAUAGAGCCUAUAACCGAGUAUCCCGACGUAUUCUAUACUGCUAAGUCCACAAACGAUCAUGACAUCAAACAGCUGUUUGGCACAUUCAAAAUAAGUGAUGUACGUACAGGAGAAACGGGGUACAGAGGGAAGGAAUUACAUAAACCAAACAGUGAAAACAAACAAGAUAUGAAACCAAAAGAGCAAGGGAGAUACCUGUACAGAUGCGACGGAUGUGGAAAGGAAAUGAGAACUUACAAGUGAGUAUUAUCGACUUCAAUUGCAAGUGACGAAUAUUCAAAACAGUCAUCUAAUACAGAUUACUUUUUAAAAUAUGUUAUUCAAUCGUUCGGAUAAUAGACACUUUGUACAAAUAGAUAGCAUAUUUCACUCUGACCAUUACAUAUGUGCUAAUACUCCAAUAUUAAAAACACGAGCUUUAUGAUAUCAGCUGGAUAUGGUUAAAGAUUACCAUGCUUACGAUUUCUACCGGUCAUUCCAUUUAAUUUUUGGGGCGUUUGACUAGGUUUGUUUGUUUCCAUCUCCUUUAUUAUGUAAUUUCUACCAGCAACUAAUAACUUAAUCAUGAUUUUCAAGAUAGCGGGUUAAUGAUAGCACAGAUGACAUUGAAUCCAAAUGAUAAUGUUGGUGACAUCCCUUAAAUGGCUUUUCGGACGCGAACAAAGUUUGGUUGACACAUUUUAAAUAUUUGUAUUCCAUAUAACUACGGAUAUGUUCCACUUGUCAUAACAAUAAUCUUUCCUAUUUUACCACAAAAGACUUACAAUGGAUAUUUUCUAUGACAAACACGACGGAUGCUAGGUCUUAGUUUUCUUUGUAUAGUUUUGUUAUUGUUGUUUGUCCUUUUAUCGCUUAUUUUUUUGACAUGGUGUUGUUUGUUUUUGUUGGACUAAAGAUUUUCCAGUGCCCCCUUGUAUCUUGUUUAAAAUGUAUUUUAAACAAAUGAACAAUUUACAUCUAGUAUACUGGUAUUGAACAAGAAAAAAAGGGUCUCAUCAGAACAAGUCGAUAUAAACCGCAUAUAGUACGUAUU